CUCCCAGACCAGCACCGACCUCGAAAAGAUGACCGAGGAGGAGCGCGCUCGAGUGAGUCAUUGCAUCGAGCUGACGCAGAACGGUAAAGGUGCUAUGGGAGAUCGGAUCGAGGCCAUGAAGGAGAGAAGAGGAAGAAGGCCAGGGCCGAACAGGGCCAGGGAGCGUCGUGUCCCCAGCCUGUCCCCGCAGUCGCCACCACUGCCGAGCCGGCGAAAGCCCCGACGGGAGAGGAACCCCUGGCCGAUGAGGUUUGUACAGACAUCAUUUUCGCGUCUCCCGGUCAGACUCUGAGCUCACUCCUGCAGGACAUGGACGGAUGAUAAUUUACCAUUGCUAUA